AUGCAAUAUGAGGGAGAGCAGCAUGACUGUGGGGAGGUACAUCGGACCAGAACACAGGAGGUAUUUAGGUUAACAGCAGGUGAUGUAGACCUUAAAAUCUGGGUGGAUGGAUCAAGGUACUGGGAUGAAGGAAGUUUUCACACAGGGUAUGCCCUGUGGUGCCCCCAGACCAAUGAGAAAAUCAUGACCAAAUGCCCUCUAAGUUUUUCUGCCCAAAGAGCUGAACUGGAGGCAGUGAGAGAGGCCAUCAUGCAUUUCAGUUCGGGUCCCAUAACCGUAUUCUCUGACAGCGCCUAUGUAACAAGGUCUCUGACCGAAUACAUGCCUCUGUGGCAGUCAAGGGGCUUCAGUGAUGCCUCUGGGAAAGACUUGAUACAUAGUGCGGUGCUAAGAGAUAUAUGGGAAAGAUCAAGUGUGGAACCUCAGAGAGUGGCUAUCAUUAAGGUGAGAGCUCACUAA